AUGGAAGUCCUAGACGAGUUCGACAGCGAAUUCCCCCAGAGUGUGACCUUCUGCCAGCUCAUCUCAGAGGACGACUUCGAGAGGCAAGCGGCGACCUACACGGAGCGCGCGCUGCGCCGCCUCUUCCGCAGCCUGGACCGCAACCCAGCGCUGGCGGAGAGGGUCGUGCGCAAGGGCAAGCAGACGGAGAUCGAGCAGCGCGGGUUCUUCUCCGGCCUCUGGGCGAAGUUUGUCUGUGCUGUCCAGGGGGAACUGAACCAGUGCAACAGCAUGGGUGCCCUGGAGAUGCACCAGCGCCUGGAACACCUGAAGAGGCGCAUCCACCGUGUGCACCUGUAUUCCCAGGAUGCCAAGAAGAGGAGGAAGAAGCCAAAAACAAAGAAACAAGAUCCCAUGCUCUUUCGAGACCGGUCCACCUCCCCAUGCCUGCCACCAGCCCUGUUACCACUGCCGCUGCCACCGCCGCCUCCACCUGUUACCACCAUGGCCUCUGUAGUGGCCGCAUCACCCUCCGUCUACACUAUGCCCAGGGUCUUUGGCCCCUUCCCUCCAGUGACUAGCAAGCCGAUGGAGAAGCUGGAUAUUUCAAGGUCUGAAGUGAAAUUAAGCUGGAAUGGUGUUUCAUCAACUUCAAAGAGUCACAUGGUUGAUCUGACCCCCUUGGUUCUCAACCCUGGAGGCUUCCAUUUCUCGUAUUUGGCAGGACACAGUGCACACAAGCUCCAUUGCCCUGGCUUCACGUGGACGACGGCCUGUAGUGGACCAUCCAACACCGAUGAGACUCCAUCUCCUGUUGUGAAAACUUCCAUCUUCACUCCGCCUGUUCUACUCAAGUUCCAGCCCGUGCCUAGACCUAAAGAUGAUUCAAAGAAUGACCCUGGCAGUGCAGAGUCCACCCCUGUCAAGAAGAGCCAGUAA